UAUCGAUAAAAUUCUCCAUAUAAAAACGAAACUUAGGAAAUAGAUAGAUUGGACAUAAAUAAAAACAAUGAGAUCUCGCACCAGAUCCCGAAGUAGGCACCGUUCACCGACAGAACGUCGAAGGCGUUCAAGAUCCAAAGACAGACGCAGGCGAUCUAGGUCAAAUUCGAACCCACAGAGGGAUGAAAUUGGAAGCAAAGAUAGAAGCCGGAGACAAUCCGAAAGCAGGUCGCCAAACUGGAAAGGACAACGCAACAAGGGCAGAAGUUACAGAAACAGUGAAAGAACUGAGGACAAACACAGGCGACGUUCACAAAGUAGGUCCAAAGAUAAGGAUUCCGUUAAAUUUGGCAAAAAUUGCAAAACAUAUCGCGAAGAUACUUUGCAAGAAAAAGCAACAGAGAGGUGGCCUAAUGACAAAUAUAGAGAGAACGAGAGCAAGGACCGAACCAAUAAUCCCUUCAGAGGGCAACCUACGGCAAACCUACCACCUGAAGAUAGACCCCGCCAUGGGUUUGGAUAUAAAUCGAAUUAUCGGAACGAGGGUUAUAUGAAGAAGGAUACAAAAUACUUGCAGCAACGAAGAGAGGAACGCGAGAAGAUAGGCAUAAUGGGCGUCGAAGACGUGUGGGGGAAAAGUCCAUCACAUCCAGAGAAAUAUUCAGAUGACGAGGAUGACGAUGUCCAAUUAUUGGAGCAUACGUACCAAGGUCCGAAAAAGAAAAAGUCAAAGAAGGGUAAAAAGAAGUCGUCGAAAAAAUCGAAGAAAAAUAAAAAAUCAAAAAAGAAAAAGAAGACUAAAUCCAAAAAGAAGGAAAUGAGUUCCUCGUCGGAAUCUUCGUCUGAAGAAUCCUCAUCCUCUAGUGAAAGUUCAAGUGAUUCAUCUAAUACAGACACAUACACGAGCGAUAGUGAAGAAGAAAUCUGGGUUGAAAAGACCAAUGACUCAAGCAAAAAAUUGAAAAGGUCGAAAAAUAAGAAAAAACCUAAAAAACUCAAAAAGAAAUCUAAAAAGUCUCAAGAAACAGGAGGAAAAUAUGAGGCCAAGCCGAACACAAAACCUUUGACUAGCACAGUGGUUAAUGAAGAAGAUGAUUUUGGGCCCACUUUGCGGCAUACGGGAGGUUUAAACCAAAAAGACUUUGGCCGCGCACUUCUCCCAGGCGAAGGUGCAGCUAUGGCAGCUUAUAUUGCAGAGGGAAAACGAAUUCCACGUCGCGGUGAAAUUGGCCUAACUUCUGAAGAAAUUGCAACAUUUGAAUCGGUUGGCUAUGUGAUGAGCGGCAGUCGUCAUCGCCGUAUGGAAGCUGUACGUAUACGCAAAGAAAAUCAAAUUUAUUCUGCCGACGAAAAACGCGCAUUAGCCAUGUUCAGCAAGGAAGAACGACAGAAGCGUGAAAAUAAGAUACUUUCCCAAUUUAAGGACAUGGUGAAUUCUAAACUGCACGCCAAAGAAAAAAAAUAAAAUUUUGUAUAUACAUACAGACAUAUACAUAAGAAAGAUUGUAAUCACUUGAAAUACAUGUUUCGUGUUGGGUGCAUUCAUUGUGUAUCACAGCACGUUUUCCAUAUAAUCUUUGCGAAAUCAUUUGAAUAAAAUGUUCUGAUCAAGGA